CUCAAGUCAAACGCGUCGAGCAGGGAGAGCACAGAGCAUGAUUCAGUGUCUACAUGAACUGUCUCCGUCUGCAUGUGUCUCACUGCCGCUUAUCCGAGCACGAGGAAUUCUACGAGGAGAGCCGGUACAGAGUUAUCGAUUAGUUUAUUGAGUUUGAUUUAAUGACAGUUGGUCGAGUUUAGUGUGAACGUGCGGGAUAGCAGACUUCACCUGACCCGGUGUGUUUGAAAACACCACCAAACUCUGCAGUUCACCUGAGACGCACGAGGACAUCGUUUGCAUGAAACUGUGGCCAGAUAAAAGCAGUGGAUGCAACUACGCUCCGUCUGUGGAAGAAAGGUGGAAAAGUGGGAGAGGCUCUAAAGACGACCAGCUGGCCACCGGCAGAUACACCUCAGCUAAAAUUCCCUCCAAACCCAGCCUGAAGCGCACCAUGUCUCUCAGCACGUUUCACCUCAUGCAGACUCUUAAGAACUCUCCAGCUGCGCUACGUCGCCGCUUUCGCCGCGACCGCACAGAGUCUUUAUCCCACGGUGAUCCUCUCUUCAAGGUCCACUACCUGGGCACGGAGAAAAUCUUCUCUCUGGAUCGAGAGCAGGCUCAGGACGCUAUCAGCCACUUGCUGGAAGGUAUCGCUAACGGGAAGAAGCUGAGCAAAGAUCACGCCCUGGUGGUGCGCCCGAGAUACGUAGAGGUCAAGGAGCUGAGCACAGGUCGGCAGCUCACCAAGACGUACCUUCAGGACAUUGCAUACUGUGCGGCGGACGCAAACCGGCCCAACGUCUUCUUGUACAUCUGCAAACAUCAAGGGCAGCAGCUGCAGUGUCGGGUGUUCUGGUGCAGCCGGGCGGAGCGGGCACGAGACAUGACAGCUUGUCUGGCACAUUCUUUCCAGCGGGCGCUGAGCGACUGGCAGCAGAAUGGCUCGGCCACGCUGCAGCCAGGAGAGGGGAAGGGGAAGCGCGUGGAGGAGUCGUCCAACUCUCCCGCUAACAACAAGAGCUCCACGCUGCCCGCCAGUCUGGGAAAAGUUCGCUGGAAGAAGAGGGGCUCUGUGUCUCGCAGCCCCCUCAGAGCCAUCACCAGAAGAGGAUCUGCCUCUGACAGCUGGAACUGAACUCCCGCCACUUUAACCCCUCAAACAUGGGACCACAUUAACCUGAAGACAACCUCAAGGAUGACGGCACUGAUGGGAGGGAGGGUGAUUACAGGACAGACGGGAGGACAGAGGGACUGAAACUGGGAGGUGUGAAAGGUCCAUAUUUGGAUGAAUGAGGACUCUGCUUGUGAGAGGGUGUCGCCUGAAUCAGUGAACGUAUGGACUUGAAGGUUUUUCACGCAGCAGAGUUGACGGUUGCAAGAGUGAUGUCCGAUGUAGCACAACAUGCUGUCGACAGCUGCCUUUGUUCGCCUGUCAGCAGCUCUGUGACUGGCUGCGAGCCGUUUGUGGACCGGGCUGGUUCGUUUCUGUAACUCUUUCAUUUUUGGUCGGCUUGUUUGCUUUGAAGUAGUCUGCUUGAUACUGAAGCCACCGAAGAGUUUGGUGUGCUGGAAGCAGAUAAUUAAACCAGCAACAACAGCAGCUGUCGGCCAAAUGAUCCACAGAUGACGACUAAAAACUGGAAAGAGACAAAGAGCUUUAUCUUUUUUGUUUUUAGAAGGCGGAUUUUUAUUUAACUGACAUAUGUGACAGGUCAUGAUGAUUUUAUGUUAUUAUUUUAACCCUGUGGCACUAGGAUGUUUAUCUUUUUAUUUUUGAAUCUACGUUGUGAGAGUUUUGGCCGAGAUUACAAACAGAUGUAAAGAUAGAGAGGGAAAAUGCAGGCAUGCUAUAAAAACGUCAAGUACAUUUAAUUACAGUUUUUAAUUCAAUUUUAAAGCAUAAUGCAUUCAUUUGAGAAAAAAAUUGCCCCUUUUUUUUUUUUCAUAAUUCUGAGAUUUCAUGGAAAAAUAAUGCUCAUGUUUUUCUGACUUAACCAAGUAAUUAUCUUAUUAAUUAAGAAAAAUGAGAAUUACUGAGAUUAAGACACUAUCUCAGAAUUUAAAAAAAAUGAAUGGGAAUAUUUUCAGCUUUUUUUCUUUUUUUUUUUAAAUUAACCACAUAAAUAUCUUAUUCAGUUACAAAAACGAGAAUUAAGAAAAUUAUUAUCUCAGGAUUUUUUAAGGGGAAAAAAAUCUGCAUGUUUUUCUAAUUUAACCAGAUAAUUCUUAUUUAUUUACAAAAAUGAAAAUUAAUUAAAAAUAAUUAUCUCAGAAUUCUGGAAAAAAAAAGUUUUUAAAUGGCAGAAAUCUUUAGCUAGUUUUUCCUAAAUAACCACGUCAGUAUCUUAAUUCAGAAAAACAAGAAUUAACAAAAUUAUUAUUUCAAAAUUCUGAGAGGAGAUUUCGUGGAAAGAAAUAAUGCUCUUGUUUUUCUAAAUUAACCUGAUAAUUAUUGAAUAAUCCAGAAAAAAACAAAACAAAAUUAUUAUCUCAGAGUUCUCAUUAAAAAAAAAAAAAAAUCUGCCUGUUUUCCUGAAUUACCCAGAUAAGUAUCUUAAGAAAAUUGAGAAUUAAUGAGAUUAUUAUCUCAGAAUUCACUUUUUUUUUUGCUUUUUCUCAGUUAACCACAUAAUUAUCUUAUUAAUUCAGAAAAAAGAGAAAUAAUGAAAUUAUUAUCUCAGAAUUUUCAUAACCAGAUAUUUAUCUUAUUAAUUUGUAAAAAAAAAAAAAAAAGGAAAAUUAAUAAUAAAUUCUGCAAAUUUUUCAGCAUUUAAGAGAUUAUUAUCUUGUUAAAAUAGAAAGUAGAAAAUUGAGAAUUAACAAGAUUAUUUUAUUAAUUCAGAAACACAAGCAGCAUUUUUAUUGUCCCUUAAAUUUUUUCUCAGAAUUCUGAAAUAUUUUUUAUUAUUCCGAAAAAAAGAGUGGAUUUUUUUUUUCUUGAAAUCUUUGUCCGAAUGAACGAGAUUAUCUCAAAAUUCUGAGGAAAGGGACAAUUUCUUUUCUCAAAUGAAUGCAUUAUGGUUUCGUAUUAGUGCACACAUACACGAUAAUUUCUGAGCACUUCCUGUAAAAUGUUUAUAUCUGAACGCAUCAGUUUAAUUCCUCGUCAGGUCAUCAGACGUUUUAUCUUCCUGCCACCUGAAGAGGUCAGCAGCAGCACCUGCAUUAUAAAUGGAAAAUAUAGACCUUAGCAGAACCUGCAGGGUCGACAAAAUCCUCCCCUCAGGCACCACAGCAGCAUCCUGCAAAAACAAAAAACAGAUCCCAACUGUCCACUGCCAUGAAUAAUUUGCAUUUACGUGGAGAAAAGCACACUCAGCCAUGACUUGCGGGUUUGUUUGUGUCCGAACACUGGGAACGCUGUGUUCCCGUGUGGAGCCUCUGUGAGGAAUGUGCGGCCGUGCACCUGCAUUCCAAACGGGGGGGAAAUUUGAGAAAUGUCCAGCCAUGACUUUGCAUAGUGAGCAGCCUCGUCAGGAGACCAGUGCUCCCUAAGCCUUCGACUCGUUCACAUUACCAAAGCCAUAAAAGGUGCCCUGACUAUUUAAAGUGACGGUUAAAGGCAGUGAUGUCUGCGUUGUUGCAUAAGAUGCCCUCAUGAUUCAGUCUUAAGGUUUACAAAGACAUGAGGAUUAGUGGUACACCCCGAGGCUACCAUGUCAUUUUGUGUUUGCUGACCACAACUAAGCUAGCGAUGUCGCCUUUUUAUUUUGUUUUUUUAUUAUUACAGGAAAGGUGUUUUUGACUGAUGUGCCACAAGGUUUUUAUCAGUUAACAUUUUUGUAUUCAUGAUGUAUCUUCUCCAUUACAAACGGCGCAGCCCCCAUCUCAGAAAAAGGGGUCAAAGUGCCUGCUUUAAAGCGUAUUUUAUCAAUGUACUGUUUUUAUGUCGUUGUACAUAUUUAAGUAAUAUGUAUUUUAUGGAGUAUUAAAACUUUUUAUACAACA